UCAAAACUCUUGCUCUUCCCACAUCCCACCGUCAAGCUGCUCUUGCACGCCGCAACCUCGCAGCUCUGUCCAUCGCGGCCGCCACGGCCUUCUUUUGGAUAGAUUCCGUCCAAGAGGAGCCUGGUCUUUGUAUUCAUUCGCAUGACCCUUCCCAGGCGUGUCUGUCCCUGGGCUCAAGCUGGCUGGGCCAUGCCCUAGACAGGUCAAAAUGAUGCCCUAAUGAAAUGGCCGAGAUAGACACUUCUUCCUCGAAAGCCGCCGGCCCAGCCGGCGCAGUCCCAGCGACUCCGGGCACCCCGACGCCGUCAUCCCAGAAGCGGGGACCGUCCAUCCACCAAAUUUACGCCCUUCCAGCUCCGAUCCGGACGUUCCCUCUCCCCACGUUCUACCCGAACAACCCCGUGUCACUCUUCCACAUCAUCUCGACAUGGCUAAGUCAGACAUUCUCCCCGCCACCUGCGGAACCCUCAGUCGUGCACCAGGGCACCUGGUCCGACGUCACUACGUCCGUUCAUGUCACCGAUGAAAAGUCGAUGAGGGCCUUGUGGGAGCAAGGCUUCUACGGCAAAGGCAGCCUCAGUCGCAGCGAACCCAACUGGCUCAAGCGAGAAGAGGUUCGGAGGGGUCUUCAGGAAGCUCAUGUCAGCGAACUCUUGACGGUUCAGCGCCGACAAGAGCGUGCUCAGGCCAAGUGGGAGCGAGCAAGGCUGGAGCAAGAAGCCAUUCGGAGCACCAAGCUGGAAGAGGCUCGCCAGGCCGUGGCCCGCAGCCAGGCAACCUUGGCCAAUUUGCUCCCACCUCAACCCGUCAUGGUGGCACCUGUCGGCCCAUUGGAGCUUCUCCUACUCCCAAACUCAGCAGCAGACCUGUUGAUUAUGCAGUGCCCUAACGGGACCCACGAAGAUCUCUCUAUGGCCAGUGGAACAUCAGACGCACACGCCACCAGUGCACCUGUAGGCAGACUUGGCGCGGCACCUGAAUCUGGACGCGUUGAGGGUGGUGAUCCACUAGCUUUGGGCCAGAAGGAUGAUGCAAACCCGAAUGGUGAGGUGGAUGGCAGCCUUCUGGAGACUGCGCGUUCAGGCGGCGACGAUGCGCCUCGCACACCGUCCAAGUCGGCUGCGUCCUCAGAUUCAUGCGGUGAUAGCGUCGAAGCCAAAUCGCCGAAACGCCAGAAGAGCGUACGGUUUUCUCCAAAGGUGGAAUCGACAACUUUCCAGCUGUUUGAUCCGCCCAGUCCGAAUCAUUCAACGGCCGGGAAGGCCGGCCAGCCGCUCGCGAACGGCGACGGCAAGCUGAGGACGCGGGAUAUUCCCGUUAUACCACUGGUGGACAGUGACAAAAUCCCCGGGGGCAACACGCAGCCGAUUGUGAACAAGGAGCAUCUCCAAUUGACACCUGAAGAGGCAUUCUUCUUGACAUUUGGCCUCGGGGCACUUCGCGUCGUCGACGGAGCCUCCGGCGAACCAAUACCUACGGCGCAGCUGUUCAGGCUCUUCCGGCAGCACUCAUACUUCCCGCCUCGGAUUGGACCUGAGGAGCCCGAGCUCGAGCCCGACGAUGGAUUUCUAGUUCACUACGCUGUCUAUCAUCAUUUUCGAUCCCUGGGAUGGGUGCCGCGUGCGGGCAUCAAAUUCGGCGUUGACUGGCUGCUGUAUACGCGCGGCCCGGUGUUUGAUCACGCCGAGUUUGGCUUGAUGGUGGUGCCAUCAUACUCGGAUCCAUGGUGGAAGGAGUCUGGGAAGAAGGCACCUCAUCGGACGUGGGCAUGGCUGCACAGCAUUGUUCGUGUGCUCUCGCACGUUACCAAAAGCCUGGUGCUCGUGUACGUGGACAUUCCUCCACCGCCCAAGUUUGAGGAGGCCCUGGACGUGGGAAUCGCCGAGGCGCUCAAACUGUACAAGGUCAGGGAGGUCAUGGUCAAACGAUGGUCCAGCAACCGAAAUAGGUAAUGAGGGAUUGUACCAAGGCAGCUCCCAACGCAAAUGGCCAUGUAAGAAUAAAGACGAAGGUGCGGCCGUAGGACCUCGAGGCUUCAUCAAGUAUGCUCAGCUGUGCCGUGGCUCUAACUCUUGUAAGGCUGUG